CAAAGCUAUAUUGAAGAUAAAAAAAGGGAAAACAAAAUGCUGAAUCAUAACGAUACUCAAAGAAAAUCAAAGCAAUUUCACAUCGAAGCUAUACGCUAGCUAGCUCGAGUUGAAUAUUUUCGAACGGUGGUCAAGCGCCCUCUCCCGUCAAUUUAUCAGCGGGAAAUUCGUCAACAAUUUCGCAGCUAACCGAUUUAACAUUCUCCUUUUUAUCAUGGAUUCAUCAAAACGAUCUCUCUACAGACCAGCACCGAUUGAAAAUUUUAACGCAAAAGAACCAAGAAGACCUUUGGCCCAAGGACGUCUCACUAAUGAUACUGUUCUUCCAGAGAGUCUUACUGUAUAUGCUUCACCCUCUGCAGUUCAUUCUGACCCAGACACAGUGGCAAGAAUAUCUCACCAUACUUCAGGAUUCAAUGAAAGUUCAAUGACCCCACCUCGUCAGUCAAUGGCUAGUCUUAACAUCAGUCACCACACCCCGUCACUUUCAAGUGACAUCUCAACCUCUCUACCAAGGAGUUCUCCAAAUCAUCACUACAGGGUGGAUAGGACUAGUUACUCCCCUCCGAGGUCCCCCUCCAAGCCCUCCCCUUCAGAUUUCCUGGAAUUGUCGGACUCGGACAGAGAGUAUCGUCAUAUGACUCCAGUUAGACACCAUCGUGCUUCACCCGGAUCUCCAGUCCUGGUGGUUGAUGCAAGCGAUCAUCGUCUUGGAGAGGGUCAAACAGAGGUCGCAGUCAGGACAGCAAGUGUCUCAUCUCCAGCUAAGGUUGUCUGUCACACUCUGUCCAGCUUGGACAAUGACAUCAGAAAUGCGGGAUACACAGAGGAAGCCGCCAGGGUACAUAUCGACUCGGUUCCCUCGGUAACGGUCCUCACUGACGCAGAUCCCGAUGAAGGGGCUUCCUUCGAGCUCGACCAGCGCACUCAGGGACGCUUCCCAGGGCAGAACGACGAAUCAUCCGUCAUCUCGCGGGAAUCGUCCAUGGCUGCUUCAAGGCAAAGAGAUUCUGAUUCCACAGCUAGCACCCUCAAACCGAAUGAGAAACAGUUAUCCCAGGAUGCACUGCAUGAUCUCAUGUCAGAAUCAGAGCGCCCAAGCUCAGUUAUGAGCAUUGACGAGCAUAGAGGCAGUGAGUCAACAAAGAAGAAGAAAAAGGUCAAAGGGAAGUUUGUCCAGUCCAGAUACAUGCAGAGUCUGUCCAAGCCUGCAACAUCAGCACCUAACAUCUCCACGACUGGACCCAUGCGUAACAUGAGCGGGACCAAGUCUAAUAUCACUGUAACAGGAGGAAGGUCUAACCUCAGCGGGUCCAGGUCUAACAUCAGUGGGUCCAGGUCUAACAUCAGUGGGUCCAGGUCUAUCACCAGUGGGUCCAGGUCUAACACCAGUGGUGCUAGAGCCCAAUCAGCCAGUACUGCUGGGGCCAGAACAGUGAGGUCGGGGGUUGGUGUCAGUAGCAGUGCUACGAACAAUAUCUCUGUCAAAAGGGCUGGAAGAUCAAAGGCUUCCAGUGGAAAACCAGCUCCAAUGAAAGCUACCAAAUCCUUUGCCCCUGCACCCUCCACCACCACCACCACCGCUGCACCUGCUGUAACCUCAACCCACCAGGACAGACACCCCUCUACCGGUGGAGACAGUCAUUUUAGCACCCCUGUCAAUGUCAAGAAGAGGUUUGCCUCUACCCCUUCUGUCAAUACCUCUCAUCUUCCUGGUGCCCCUAACAUCAAUGCAUCAACCAUUGGUAGUACGUCCAUUCUUGGGGCCAAUAUGUCCGCCAUUGCUCACGUUGAUUCUUCCAAACUGAUGUCGGAUAAAAUGAGAGAUUCUCAUGAUAUGAGGGAUGGCUCAAGACGAGAGAGAGGUAUGUCAGGAGACACGACUGGACAGUUCUCUGGUCUCUCAGUCUCACCAACCCAAGACUCAGCCUAUAGCUCUUUAGGACAUAAGCAAGUGAAGAAUUGGAGCCAAUCAGAUCUUGAUGUGAUGUAUGCCAGGUAUUUACAGGCUGUUUACCUAGACACAAAGAUGAAGAAAGUGAUAGCAGACAAAGAGAAAGAAGCAAUGAAUCAUCUGUAUGGCAUGUGGCAAUUGAAUGAUGAACUUUGUAAGAAGAAAUCACAGUUAGAAUUGAAGCUAGCUAGAUUAAAACAUGCUAAUACACUAGACCAUCAUCUAGAUAUAAUGGAAACUGGUCUUGGACCAGUCACAGCUCACCUGUCUCAGUUCAAGCAGGAAUACAGUACCUUAGCCCAUGCUCUGGACACCACACGACACCAGGUGGAAAUGACAGAUAUCUUACUUCCGCAGGAUAAAGAUGCAUUCCAUGAUUCACUAGAAAGAGCACUAAACGAGAGUGAGCAUUUGUUGGGUGAAAUCUCCAUGGCAACACGAAACAAACAACCCAAGGUCGAGGCCUUUUCAUCUGCAAUCAGCAUGCUGGAGAAUGCAGUAGCUAGCGAGAGCGAAGAACUGAGGAGAUGUCAGGAACUCUUGGCUGCCACAUCGUCGUUAGCAACGCACGAAACAUCAUUAAGGAUUCAGGAUUUAGAGCAACGAUCUGCUGAAUAGCCAAGCUUGAUGCAAUCGUGUUAAUUGAUGAACAAAUAUGAUAGACUGGUUUGAUGAAAUUACAUCGAACGACAGGGAUUUGCUGGAUUGUUGAAUUCUACUUUGGAUGAUCAAAGUUUACACAAAUCCAUGUGUUGUGAAGUGUAAGGAAAUUGUCUUAAUUGUGAGACUUUUCAGCAUAUCAUCUAUAGAGAUUGAAAUUCAUAAUGUGAACCCACAGAAACCUACCAAACUCUUUAUUAAUAUUUGUUUGGCAUUACUUGUGCCUGGGAGGGGGGAAUCGCUGUGACCGGUAGAUCUCUCCUCCUUGGGAGCGUUUCAUGAAAGGACUUGUCAGACGUUUUAUCCGACAAGUCCUGUUUACUCGACAGUUACUAUAGUAAC